GAGUCGAACCUCCUACCCAUAGAUUGAUAGUCAAGUGCGGUACCACUAGACCACGGAUCAGCAUCAAUUUAAUCAUUCUCGUUCACCAGAGUGAUGAUGCUAUGGGUUCUAUAGAUUGGAUUUAUCACGAGAGGGGUAUUGAAUAAGAUCUAAUGGCAAAACAAUGGCCUCAUAUAGAGAAUUAUUAAAGGAGAAGGAAGCCCAGAACUGGGUAAAGGCCGCCCUCGCCCUCAACAUCACCAAGGACGGAUUACAAGAUUUUCUGGAGGAUGUACUGACAUGCGUUCACCAGGACAUCUAUAGCGCCGUUAGAACAUCCAAGGCUCUUCCAUCCGGGGCAGCAUGUGCACAUUGUUUCACAGAAAACUUGUUGAUGUGCCCAACUCGUGGGAUAUGCACCAGUACUAGAAACUGUAGAUUUCAUAACUGUCCUCAAAAACUGUAUGCUCCUUGUCCAAAUGGGAUUUGUGAAGGCGUCCGUGAUGAAAUAAUCAAACAUCACAGGUUUUCGGGACCAUCAUGGAAGAAUACGAAUGCCGACAAAUGGAGCACCAUUCCCUGGGAGAUAGGCAAAUGUUUCCUGCCUCCUGAUGGCUACAAGACCGUGUCCUCCAUCAAAGACAGUGACUUUAACGGAGUCAUCAGCGUCAUGAUAAAUUGCGAGGAUUUCAAAACCAAACUGUCGUUUAACGUUGCGACACAGCAAAAUUUAUUAACAGAGGUUCGGGACAUUGGUCGACGCGUACGUCAUUCCCAUGACCAGAGGGUCAAGGACACAGAACUAGUGGACUUCCUGUUCAAGCUACGCACCCUGCUGGAGGAUAAGACUGAACUAGCAAACCGACCCGAGGUACAAAACGCUGUGGAACAGCUUAAGAAGCUGCAAACAGACGAUUUCAAGAUCAGUGCUGAGAACGAAGGGGAGAUAUUGAAGGAAGGAUUACGACUACGUUUGGCAAACCAUUACCGAACCACGUUGGCCGACAUGCCGAUAUCUCCCAUUCUCGGAGAAAAGAACGCCAAACUCAGGAAAUUCUACGUGGCACCGAAAAUUGUGGAGAAAGACCAUCGAAAAAUCGGCAAAAUUGACAACAAAGAAAGCGGUCAAAAAAUAGCAAAAUUUUCAGAUGUUUUUAAAAAAGAAAUUCAGUUGCUCAGAAAUGUUUUCCUUGUUGGAGAACCGGGCAAUGGCAAAUCUACAUUCUCCGUAAUGUGUGCCCUGGAUUGGACUCACCAGUAUUUACCAGCGGAGGAAAACGUCGGUAUUAAAACAAGCUUUGCCGACCCAGAAUUCUUCAAAGAGUUUGCAUUUUUGUUCCAUGUCACCCUACGAGAUUCAGGUAAAACGUGUGAUCUAGCACAAAUGAUCAAGGAUCAACUUAUACGUAAAAUCUACCACGAGAAGGAUGCCGAUGAUGGUUACCGGCUAUUACAGACGGUGCUGGAAAGUGAAACAUGUUUAAUCAUAGCUGACGGCCUCGACGAAUGGACCCAUCCGGAAAACGUAAACUGUACCUGCAAAACUGAGGAAAAAGUCACCCCUUUCCGAAAUUCGGCCAACAAGGCCACACUCCUCACGACAACGCGUCCCUGGCGAAUGUCACAGUUCAGAGUGCAGGAUUCAAAGAUCGACAAAUAUCUUGAAAUAGAAGGAGCAGCAGACACAAAGCAACUCGUGGAAAAUAUCAUCAACAUUCUUAAUGGGGGAAAUAAGGAUGAACGGACACCAGAGGCUUUCAUGGAAAUGGCGUCAGAGAAGGAUCUUGAAGGAUUAUUGUCAGCACCUAUCAGUACCACCCAGCUCGUGUGCCUGUGGUUCGAGGGCAAAUCGUUAACCGAUUCAAAGUGUGACAUUUAUGCUGGCGUGAUAAACAUGCUAUCAUGUAGACUAAAAUGUGUGCAAAGCGGGAAUAACAUUCCGGAAAUUGAACUGCCAUCUGUAUUAAAGGAACACGAAUGCUUCGUGCAAAAUCCCAUGGUUUACCUUGCGCUGGCAAAGUUAGCAUACACAACUUUAUAUUCAGAGUGCAGAGAUUCGUCUGUUGUCUUCAGCAACAAAACAGUCAACGCUUUGUUAAGCAGGAAGCAGGUUGAAUUUGCAUUGAAGUCAGGCUUACUCACGGAGAAGAAAUCCAACUCAUUGAUCAAGAGAUCAUCUCACUUUUCAUUCUUUCAUAAAACACUUCAAGAGUUUUUAGCGGCUCUUCAUUUAUGUUUAAAUGAAAACGACUACAGUCAGCUAUCAAACAAGUACGAACAAGAUAAUAAGGAAAAUAUCUUGAGAGAUGUUUCUCAGACAUUUAUUUUCAUAUGUGGAAUGAAGCCCGAGCUCGGUGUACAAAUGUCUUCAUGGAUCAAUAGUUCUAGACCACCAUACCAACCACCAUACCAACCACCAAUCGACAAUAGAGAGGCUGAACUACUUCAGCACCUGAUUCUCUCCGGGAACCGUGAAGCCAGGGCGAACAACUAUGGUGACAUACCGCUCUAUCUCGCACACUUCGAUAUUCUAUAUAGGGACGAGGAUAGUGACGAGGAUAGUGACGAGGACGAGGAUAGUAACCAGGAUGUCGUAGUGUUAAAAAAGCUGAUGAUGAUAAACAAGGAACGUAUUCAGUCACUAGACAUCGAUAGACGCAAUGAUCAAAUUAAUGGGAAAGAGGUGCAGGAGGUGAUCACAUCCUCCUCCGACUCCCUCAAAGCAGUGACACUGUGUGGCCGUGAUGGGCAGUAUGACCUGUCCCAGUGUCACAGGCUGGAAUAUCUGGAUAUACACGGAGACAAUACAACACGUGUGCAGGUUGAUCCAACACAUAUUACAACAUGUCGCUUACAUAGUGUAUCAUCGAAUGUUGAAAUGUACAUAUUUAGAUUAUUUAAACACGGUCAAAGGUGGAGUAAACUACAACGUGUUGAGUUAUGGUACGUUGAGAAUGUCCAGUUACUUGUGGAUACACUACCAAGUCUCCCUCAGUUACAACGCCUUGAGAUAGGGUGUACAGAUCUAGGUGAGCUCCACCUCCUCCCUCCAGCCUCCAUCACCGAUAUUACACUUGAUGAUGUGACAAUGACAGCGGAGGCGGUGCGGAGUCUGAUAGAGACGAUGAAGAACAUACCACACACCAUUACAUGCGACAUGCAGUUAUGCACGGUGAAACCUGCCAGUGAGGUGGAAGACAUCCGAGAACAUAUGGACAGUUCGCCGUCAUUCGAGGUUCUCAAGUUUUACGAUAUGUGGAGGCUUGAUUUCAAAUUCACCAAAAUGUGAACAAUAAGUUAAAUGUAAGCAUCGAUGAUGGGAAUUCAUGUUUGAUGAAAAACAGUGAAACAAUCAAUGGGGAAGUGUCAUUCUAUUUAUAGAAAUAUAUGUCACUUUUCCCGGAACUAAUUAUUAUCAACCACUUUCUAUGUGUAUUUAAUUAAUUUGAUUUAUGUUGUGUAUUUGCAUGCAUCCUGAGUCCUUAAAAAAUUGUUUGGUUAGGGUUACAUCCUUUUCAAAAAUAGGUAGGGUAGGUAGGCUUUUAAUUUUUUUUAUUUAUCUUUUUUAUUUGGCUUUAUGUAAGAAUGUCAUUUUCAUCAUUGGAGAAUGUUGUUAAAGUUAUCAUCUAUAUAAGCAAUUAAGGUUUUUAAACUACAUAUUGAAAAGCAAAAACAAAAAAAAAACAUGUUUUUUUUUUAUUAUUUUUUUUGUUUUUCAUUUUUUUUUUCAAACUGACUAUAAAAACGGUAGGGUCGGCGCCUAUUCCGUAGGUAGGGUCGGGUGACCCGAACCAAAUGUAUUUUUUUAGGCCUAAAAUAGAUUUAACUGGACACAGCAAUGUCGUUGUGGCAGACGUUAUUAAAUAUAUCUGAUGGGGAUGAAAACUUUCUUUUUUAAUUAUAACACAACAGUCCGUAAUCAACACGUGCAAUAGUCGGUUAAUUAAUCUUGAUCGACAUUUUUUAUAUGAAUCUCUUAAUAAAGCAACUCAUUUCCUAGUUUAAAGCGAUAUCAUUUGAUAAAUGUUAGGUAUUUACUUCGCUUAUGGAUUAUGAAUUAAUGGGAAAUAUUUAGUUUUUCUUUAUUUACAAUGGCAUCCUUGCUCAGCUGUAUUUUAUAUUCUGUAUUAGAGGAGUAUACCAAUAACACGUUGACUUUUUAUGUUUAUUAUCGAUUACAUAAAUUGAACAUUAUUAUGAAAUCUACAAAAUGAUAUUAUGUAUCAACAAAUACUACAAAAGAAAUAACCAAACAUUGAGUAGAUUUAGUAACCUAAAUAAUAGUAUAUAUAAUUGCCUAUUAUUAAACAUAUCACACAAUUUGAUUAUAACUGAAGAAUAUAUGAUUAAACGU